GACACAUGAAGAAACCCCCCAGUCUAAGAUGGACACAACGACUUCGCCGGAACCGUAAUUCUUUGGGGUUCCUUUGAUCAAAACACCCACCAUCUCUACCUGCAGUACCUGCCUGCGUAAACUCUCAACCACACCCGCUCUCACCACCGCGCACCACUGCUAUUCCCCCGCGACACGCCCUGUUCCUGCUGAUCAACACCACUACCAAAUCUGGCUCGUCCAGCCAGUCAUGUUCCACGACUUCAGCCUCCCAAGAUCGCCAAGAUGAGACUGUUUGCGUUGCAUCCCCGCGACGCGUUGCGCCGGGCCGGCACGCGAGGCAUUCACCACAGCGUGACCGUCGGCCGCAUCAGGACCCAUGGCCUCCUCGUCCACAGGCGGCCAACGCUGUCACGUCAAUCGCAGCACGGCUUCUUUACCGUGAGGGAGAAGAUCCCGACCAAGAAGAAGUCCAUCCCCGUCGCCCUGCUCACAGGCGGCUUACUCGUGUGGUGGCUGUACCCCUCGGAGGAAUUCGAGCGCCUGUCGCUCGCCGAAGAGGACAGGGAGAACAAGAUCCGCGACCGACAGGCCGGGAAAGCAAACGGCGGCUCCAACGGCGCCGCGUGGUACAAUUUCACCCUCAAGUUCCAGACCUUGUCUGAUGCUACCGACAUUGAAUGGAGUGCCGAUAAGAUUGUCGGCUUCAUUUUGCCAGAAUGGUCCCGGUUGAUUCCCGGAUACAUUCGGAAACUCCAGAGAGAGCUAUCCAUGGCACCUGGGUCUCUGGCCGAUGAGAUCUGGCGAGAAGCCCACGACCCUUUCGUCAACCCCGAAGUGCAAUAUGCCGCUAACGUCAGGGUCUCCAACGAUCUUUGCGAGGAGGAAAAGGAGUUUUUGGCGAGGAGGAAGAGGGUCACGACCAUGGCCUUGGCCAAAUAUCUAGAACUUGACGAAAAGGACGUACAUCCGGAAGACGUCCCGACUAUCGCCAUGUGCGGCUCCGGAGGAGGUCUCAGGGCCCUCGUUGCUGGCACCGGAUCUAUGCUUGCCGCCGAUGAAGACGGCCUUUUCGACUGCGUUACCUACACCUCCGGCGUGAGCGGCUCCUGUUGGCUGCAGGUACUGUAUCACUCGUCCAUUUCGGAGGGCAGCCUUGGUCGCGUCCUGCAACACCUCAAGGCUCGAGCCGGCGUUCACAUCGCCUAUCCUCCCGUGGCCUUUCAAACUCUGCUGUCUGCGCCCACGAGCAAGUAUCUUCUUAGCGGUCUCGUCGAGAAGCUCAAGGGCGACCCGGGAGCUGACUUUGGUCUCGUCGACGUCUACGGCCUGCUCUUGGCGGCAAGAUACUUGGUCCCUAAAGGCGACCUGGAGGUAAACGAUCGAGACUUUAAGCUCUCAAACCAGCGCGACUAUAUCAAGUACGGCCAGAACCCACUCCCAAUCUACACGGCCGUCCGCCAUGAGAUUCCCGACAUCGACCUUGACGGGAGCGGCGAGGUCCCUUCUACCUCGGAUGCGGCCAAAGAAGUUGCCAAGAAGGAGGCCUGGUUUCAGUGGUUCGAAAUCACACCUUACGAAUUCUUCUGUGAAGAGUUCCAGGCUGGCAUUCCUACCUGGGCUAUGGGGCGGCGCUUCAAGAACGGCGUCGACGUGCCCCCCGAAGAAGGGUUUCACCUCCCCGAGACGCGCAUGCCCUUCCUCCUUGGCGUCUUCGGCAGCGCCUUCUGUGCGACUUUGAGCCACUACUAUAACGAGGUUCGCCCCCUCGUUCAGAGCAUCGCCGGAUUCAGCUCCUUGGACGGCAUGAUCAGCGGCUACAACGAGGACCUCAGCAAAGUCCACCCCAUUGACCCCGGAACGGUUGCGAACUUCGUCUACGGCAUGGAAGAAAAACUCCCCAAUACGACACCGCCGAGUGCAUGCAAAUCAGAAUAUAUCCAGCUCAUGGAUGCCGGCAUGUCCAACAACCUUCCCAUCUACCCGCUCCUUCGUCCUGGCCGAGACGUCGACGUUGUCGUGGCAUUCGACGCAUCGGCCGACAUCAAGACCGACAACUGGCUCGCUGUCGCUGAUGGUUACGCCCGCCAGCGCGGCAUCAAGGGCUGGCCCGUCGGCGUCGGCUGGCCCAAGGCAGGGGAGUCCCCAAAACAGGUCCGUGAUGAGCUGCUGGAGUCCGAGGCCGCGUCCGCGAAAGAUGCAGACCAGAAACUGCGCGAUGCCAAGAACUUCCAGCGCGAGCACGAGACCAAAGAGAACAAUCCAAACGAAGACACGGAGCGGGGACAGGCAGCCAAGUUCUCCCCCGGCGACGAGGAAGCGGGCGAGCUCGGCUACUGCACGGUUUGGGUCGGCACAACCCAAGAGCGCGUCUCGGAGCCCCCGCCUCCAUCAAAGGCCAUCACCGAGGCCAACCAUUGGCAGAUCAUGGAGCCCGACGCCGGUAUCGCUAUCAUCUACCUCCCCUAUCUCGCGAACCCUCAAGUCCCCGGCGUCAACCCGGGUACGACCGACUUCCUGAGCACCUGGAACUUCGUCUACACACCGGAACAGAUCGAGCAGGUCGCCGCGCUGGCGAGAGCCAAUUACGCCGAGGGGCGAGAACAGAUCCGUGGCACAGUGCGGGCCGUGUACGAGCGCAAGAAGAAGCUUAGGCUCGAUCGCGAGGAGAAGUCCCGCAGGGAUCGGUACAGGAAGUUGGUGAGGCAGGGGAUGGCACACAAGCUAGGCGAGGGUGAUCAGUUCAGCUGAUCUCGUCGGACUGUUGAAAGGAGUUUGUAGAUUGAAGAUACCCGGGAAAGAGAUGGAACGGCGUACAUUCGUCGAGGUGUUUUGUUUUUUCAUAGAUCAGCUAGCCAGCACUUUUGUUCUUAUGGCAUCCUCUGAUGCUAGCAGACGCCAUGUGUUUGUUAGACGGAUAGAUAGAUAUAAUGAUAUUGUAUCAUGGACUCCAAACCAUGCCAAUAUGGAUAUGGGGCGAUUUAUUGACGCCCUCCCGCCCUCCCGCCCUCCACUGAGAGCAGUUCUACACCGUUAGGAGUCUGUCAUAGGUCCUCAUCCUCUUUUUUUCUUUACAAAUCUAUUCAUCUUACAGAGACAUGACCUUUCUACACGUCCUUGUUUCAAAAUGUACACUGCCUAAAAAGAAAGGCAUAUUUGCUCGUCCGGGAUCACCUAUCACCCGGCGGUUCAGCGACAUCCCCACCUUUCGUCCUUCCUCCUAUUUCGUCUUCUUUGACACGCCCCUUCGCCAUCUCUCCCAAUGGAUGAAUUACAGUUGAUUGGAUUUUUUUAGUAGCCUUUUCUUCUUCUUCUUGUUCUUCUUCCCCUUCUCCCGUUCUGCC